UUCUGCAGCAGAGCUCGGCAGCUGGGUGGCUGGUCUCUCCCAACAGCCUUAUUCUAUCCCACACCCCAAGCAUGCAAGUGGGCGCUCCAGGCUGCAGGCUUGGGUUCUCUCUGUGUGCUUCACAAACUGCCUCCUCUUGACACUAUGCAGGCAUGUUUGCACACUUCAGCGUCUCCCCCAGCCACACACAUCACACACCUGGGGUUGCCAUCUGCAGUGUGGCAUGCCCACUCGGGGAAGGCCGGUCCCCACUGCCGUGACUACAGCCUGCCAAAGACCAUUCCGGGGCCACUCUGCACCUGCUCCUUCCCUGUCUGGCUCCUUGCUCCAUCCCACGUUCUCCUCCUUCAGCAGCCACACAGGAUGGGUACUUUUCCAUUCACAUUUCAGCCAGUUUUCUCCACAUACACGAAGGGAAUUGUGCUGAGUCUUUGCUGGGGACUUCUUCUGAGUGGCCCUUCCACCCACUGCUCCCGGGGCUGGCGGGCCACAGCCCUGAGUGAGCUGGCCCAGUCCCCCAGCUGGGCCACAGAGUGGCCAAGGACUGAGGCCUUAGCCCCGCAGGGAGGACGGCCGGGAUGCCAGGUCGCCCUGCAUCUCGGGGAUGGAGAUUUGGGGCUCAGCACCCUGCUCUCGGAGGGCCCAGGGCUGCGCACCCCAAAUGGGCUUGGUGUUGAGCACACGACGGAGGAAAGGGGAAGACGUGUGCCCCACGGGACCUGCAGCGGGCGAGGGGGCGGCAGGCCACAUCAAGGCUCCGCGGACCUGAGUCGUCUCAGAGCCCCUGGGGUCCACGCCAUGUUCCGGUCCGCUGCCCUGGGCCUGGCUCCGGGGCGCCGCUGAGAAAUAAACUGCCCUUUGAGCCUC